CGCCGCUUGGUUGCCAGGACUCGGGAAAGUUGAUGAUGGCCGCAGAGAUUGGAGGGAGCUAUGAGAGAUAAGGGCUGGUGUGUGUGACGGGGGAGCGGCGGCGGCGUUGUCUCUAGUGCGUAGCCGGUGGACGUGCUCUGUAUUGGGGGCGACCUCCACCGACUGCCCGGUGUAGCCCGUGAUGGAGACGUUGGCGGUAGAAUGGAGUGUGAACAUUGCACAACUGUAGCAAGGACAGCCCGCUAUUUGCACUGACGACUUUGGUGGCACACCAGGAUGAAGCAUGGAUAGUGAGGUAAUAAAUGGUUGGGCUGUGUGCCCUGAUGUUCACCAAACUCGCGACAACUUCCUGCCAGCCAUUAAAUCCAUGCCAAUUUCUGCUGUGAAACAGAACAGUGUUUUACAAAGUCUGGUGAGCAAGAGUGAGGAACCUGAGAAGGAACCUGAAAGUGAAGACUUGCUCAGAGCAGAGCAGGAAUGGGAUGCCUUGGAAAAUAUACAGACAGAGUUGUACUGCAAAAAAUCAGGGCUUCUCGGGGUCCUUCCUGGACAGACGCCUUUGAUAUCCGUCAAUGAAGCACUGCAAUACUUCCAGACAGCCGACCUGUCAGAAUACAUGAAGAAGAUCCAGCCCACUGUACCGCGCUCGGGGCUGUCGGCAGUCAGUCAUCUGUUGUUUGGACCCCCUCGGCUCCAUAGAGAUCUGCAUGCAGAGAGGGACUUGGUGCUGACCAUAGCUCAGUGUCCUCUCGAUAAUAGUCAGCAAGUUCAUGUUCGAGUGCUACAGACCAUAUACAAAAAGCUGACUGGUGCCAGGUUCGACUGCCCACUGUAUGGAUCACACUGGGAGCAACUGGGAUUCCAAGGUCUGGAUCCUGGCACCGACCUGAGAGCUGCCGGCGUUCUUGGUCUCAUGCACCUGUUGCACAUGGUGAUGGAUCCCAAAAUACUGCCUUUGGCUCAUGGCAUUUUCCGCCUGUCGCAGCACCACACACAGAAUUUCCCAUUCUGUCUCAUGUCCCUAAAUGUCACAAGAAUCUGUAUCCAGGUUCUGAGAGAGGAGAGAGUGAGCAGGGAAUGUAACCGCAGACGGCAGGUGUUUGCUGUGCUCAACGACCUCUACGUGGCCAUUUACUACCACCUCUACCACGUGUGGAAGACACAGAACAGAACCAUCAGCGAUUCUGGCUUCAUCCUGAAAGAGGUCGAAGCUCUUGCCAAGAAAAAGCCCAAAGACCUUUUCCGCCAGUUAGAUGCCCAUCUGAAAGAACGGCCUCUACCCAAGGAUCUGCCCCUUGAGAUCUGGAUGCACCACCCUGCAGAGCAACGGAUUGAAAAUCACGAGGGGAGCCAUGCACAGGCGGGUGCGAUCUGUUUCACAGGGGUGUGUGAGCAGCAAGUGCAAGAGGAUAGGCUUAUCUGAGACCGGGGGCAUGCUGUGGGCACAGUGGUAAUACUUGAUGCCAUCGAUAACCAGCAAUUUUCUCAUUCUCCAUGUCUGCAUUGGGGAAUGUGGACUGCUGUAAUGAACGACGUUUGGUUGCCGCUUCUCUAGGGCGUCGUGUAUAGAUGAGGGGCACACCCGUGUGGUCCUAGGAAUGUAAAACGCUCAGGGCUAUUCCUCCAGGCUGGUCAGAAUGCAGAAUUCCUGUGUGGCACAUACACCUCCGUCAGGGCGAUGGCAUAAGGACAGGAUAAAGUUCUAUUUCUGUCAUGUAGAUCAGCUCUGGUCUUUCUAUAGUUGUGAUUCUAGGACCGGUUCUAGAGUUUUCCACCGUUCUCUUCGUGAUGAUCUGAUGUCCGGGAAUAUUCCAGGGAACUUCCAUAUGCAUCUCGCUGGCCGCCUGCAGCAAGUAGAUCAAUUCUCCUUGAGAAGUCCCAAAGGACCAGUCUCUGAGAUGCUUCCUUUUCUGUAAGGCCUCUUCACAUUUCUGAGUCCGUGUCACGUCUGUGAGAAAAAAAUGCGUACGUGUUUCAUUCGUAACGGGUCCGUUUUUGCCAUCAGCGUGUCAUCCGUAAUUCACGGACGUUUUUCAGCCAAAAAAAAUAAUUUCCAAAGAAUCUCCUAUUAGUCUUCAGUGAAAAACAGACGCGGCACGGACAGCAUCCGUGAUUUUCACAGACCCAUAGAUUUCAAUGCUGCUUGGUCCGCAUCAUGGAUCAAAGUAGUGCAUGU